AAUUCAGACUGCGUUAACAAAACAUUGGAAUCUGUGAAACGUAUCACAGCUCAGUGGAACUUGAGAUCAUCAUUUUCAGAGAUAUAAUGCAUUUGUAUGUGUUAUUUUAGAUAUCUGUAGCUAGAUUUUGGAAGUUUGUCAAUAAUGGCAGAUACUGAACCGGCGGCUACCACUGCCACAGAUGGAGGGCCGAGUGAAAAGGAGGCAAAUAAGGCCGAUUCUCCGAAACCAGAUCAAGAAGUUGCACCUCCUUUGAUUACCACUUCUAAACCUGAGAAAGAUGCAGAAACAAAGCAAGAUAAGAAGAAGCCUGGUGCAGCCCCAGCCCGCAGGGGAGCAGGACCAGCUCAUACCAACAAAGGCCCGUCGAUGGUGAAGAAAAAUGUGGUGAUGUCAUCUGAGGCAAUGAAGGAGAUGGCGAAACAGGCCAAAGCAAACAGAGAUGAGAGAAAGACAGCGAUGGACAGUAGACAUAACUUCAUGUUCUCAAGUCUUGCCGAGGCGUUGAACAUGGAGGUCUCUCAGGUCGAGGACUUCUUGCUUGGAGACGAUAAGUUCGAUAUGAUUGGUGAGUUCUUUGCUCAGGAUGGACCACGUAAGCUCAUGUUCUUCUACCAGGAGGCUGCUAGCCGAGAUACCUUGUAUUCCAGGACUGAUACAUCCAGUGUCAUCACUCAACCAAUGCAGAAAAAGCUCUUCCUUACCACCGGUACAUCCGAAGGACUGAACGGUAUGUGCUAUUUCUUCCUGCGUUCUACCAACAAGGCCAUUGCUACCUCUAACAUCGCUGCAGAGCUCAACUUUGGCAUGAUGGACUGCACCAAUGGCAAGAUCCUCCAAGGGUUCAAGAUGAUGCUCGAUAAGAUCAUGAUGCCUGCUCUUAAACUCCAGGAGAACUGGGGAGAGAUCAAGGAUGAGAGUCAGGUAUCUGAUUUCUUUGAGCAGCUUGAGAAGUUUAUCGGUAGCCUUGGGACAGCUACAUCUAACAUGGAUGGGAGGGUACAGCUCUGUGAGCAUGAGUACGUAGAAACCAUGCUGGAUUCACUCAAGACGGCUGCUGACUUCACAGCUGCUGCCUCUGUGCCUGACACCGUUGAGAAGCUCGAGGAGCUGAGUAUGAUGUGGAUCAAGCAGAUCGUCCAGGUGUUGACUGAGAGCGAGCAGAUGCGCAAGGAAGCUGAUGACAUCGGUCCCGCUGCUGAGCUUGAUCACUGGAAGAAACGUAUGUCGAAGUUCAACAGUCUCCUGGAUCAGAUCAAGAGCCCACGAUGCAAGGCGGUGGUCGGUGUCCUACUGGCUGCCAAGUCAAAGGUCCUCAAGCAAUGGAAAGAACUGGAUCGUCGCAUCACUGAUGCAGCCAAUGAGGCCAAGGAUAAUGUCAAGUAUCUCUACACCUUGGAUAAAUUCUUUGGACCUCUUGUCAAGUGUGACCCUAGUGCCAUGAUCGAGCACAUUCCCAGCCUGAUGAAUGCCAUCCGCAUGAUCCAUAGUAUCUCACGCUUCUACAACACCUCGGAGCGUAUGACCUCUCUGUUCGUCAAGGUCACCAAUCAGAUGAUCACUACAUGCAAGGCUUACAUCAAGAGAGAUGUCACCAAGAUCUGGGAUCAUGAAAGGCCCGACUUGCUGAAGCGGCUGAACGACUGCAUCAAACUCAAUACCGAGUACCAGAGGAGUUUCCAUCGCACCAAGGAAAGGCUCAAGGAAACCCCUGAGGAAAGACAAUUUGAGUUCAGUGAGAACUACAUCUUUGGGAAGUUCGACACGUUCUGCCGUCGUCUGACCCGUAUCGCUGAUCUAGUUAACACCAUGGAGAGUCUGAGUGGUCUGGCUGAUGUCAAGAUUGAAGGCAUUGACUCCCUGGCCAUCAGGUUCCAGGGCAUCGUAGCGACACACAAGAAGAAGAGCUAUGAUAUCCUGGACCACCGCAAGGGAGAGUUUGAUCAGGACUACAUGGACUUCCGCUCUCAGAUUGACAGUCUUCACAGUGCCCUUCAGAACUUUGUAGACAGCUGGUUUGACAAGCCUCUUACAACGGAUCAAGCCUUGGUGCUGCUCUCUAAGUUUGAGAAGAUCAAGGGUGCCAAUCUGAACCUGAAUGAGAAGUACAUGCGUGUGCUGUCUAACUAUGGUCGGGACCAGGAGAUGGUGCGUAAGUUCUACCAGAAGGGUAAGGAAGACCCACCCAUCAUGAGGAACAUCCCUCCCGUAGCAGGCAAGAUCGUCUGGGCUAGACAGCUCUACAGGAAGAUUGAACAGCCUAUGAGAGCUUUCAAGGCUAAGCCAGAGAUUCUCAAGACCAAUGAGGCCAAGAAGUUGAUCCGCAAUUACAACAAGAUGGCCACUGUUCUUCUUGAGUACGAGGUUCUGUAUCACCGUGGAUGGUAUCGUGCGGUAGACAACAUCCGUUCAGGACUCCAGGCCUCACUCCUGGUCCGCCACCCAGAGACCAAGGUGCUGUAUGUCAACUUUGACCCUCAGGUCUUGGAGCUGAUUGCUGAGGCCAAGUACAUGGGCAAGCUAGGGCUUGAGAUCCCUGAAGCUGCUGGAGUACUGGUCCUAAGGGAAACUGAGAUCAGGGGCAGCUAUGUUGGUCUGAUGGAGAUGCUAAACGAGUAUGACCGCAUCAUUGGAACCAUCCCCAACAUCCUGCUACCCCUGAUGACCCCAUUCAGAGAGCGUGUGGAGGAAUCCUUACAGCCGGGAUUGACCAGUCUUAACUGGACUUCACUCAGCCUUGACCAAUACAUCAGCAACACGUACAAGGAGAUUCACUUCCUACAGCGUCAGACCAAGCAGGUAUGUGACCUCCUGGAGUGUCGUAUUGAUGAUGUCCUCAGGGACAUGGCUACUACCGCUCUAUGUGCCUUACCUACCCAUGAACCAACCUCUACUAAAGACUUCUUGAAGUCUACCGAGAGGACGUGCCAGGAGGCUUGUGAGCAGCUUACCAGGCAGAGCCAGGCUGUGGAGGCCUCAGUCAAGGACCUUGUGGACAUCCUUGUCAGCAACCUUCGUGAUAAUGAGAAGCAGAACCUUCAUGGCUCCUACCCCUGCCUUCACCCAGACUCUAAGCAUAAGAGAUGUCUGGAGUGUCUGCCAUGCUGCUUCUAUACCAUGCUAGGAAGCUUCAGCCAGCGCAACACCGAUGCUCUCAUCAAGUGCACUCGUCUGUCCCUUGACACCAUCAAGAAGCGUCUUCAGAUAGGAACCAACAAGUACACCCGGGGUGCCACUGAGAAUGAGGAGGCUAAGGUACCAUUGUUCCAGGCUGACAUCAUUCUAGCCAUCCCUUCCAUCGUUCUUCAACCCAGUCUGGAUGACAUCCAGUCUAGUGUGAACAAGGCUGUACAGGUCAUACUCAAGAUGGCACAGAAUAUCCCUCAAUGGGAACAGACCAUCCUUAGCCAGAAGGCUGCUCUCAAGGAGCUUGAGGAAGCCAAAGAUGACAAGGACGCUGAGAAGGUCACUCUGCUGGCCAUUACCCAGAAGCCCCUUCACAAGGUUAUUGGUGAGCACAAGGACGUCCUGAAGGUUGUCAUUGCUCUGAAUAACAUUGUGGGUAACUUCAAGCUCGAGUGCCAAGACAUCCUGAAUGAAUUCACACUCUUUUCUGAACUCUGGAAGGAGGAUCCUGAGGAGAAGGUGAAAGAGUUCAUGAACACCAAACCUCUGAUGUCUGAGAUUGAAUCACAGAUGAGAUACUACCAGGGAUAUGAGAUCAAGAUUGAAGAAAUCCCAGCCAGCUACAGGGUCGGCUCAGUCAUCUGUCUUACCGAGCGUCUGAAGAGCGCCCUCGUUGCUGAAACCAAGGCAUGGAAGGUUGCGUUUGGUCGCGCCCUCAACUCGAAGGCCUCAGCUGACAUGGAGGAGAUCUUUGAUUUCAUAGAGGACCUUCAGAAGCGUCUCACCCGACCUAUCAAGGAUCUUGAUGAUGUACGAGCGGCCAUGGCUUCGCUGACUGAGAUCAGAGAAUCAGAGAUACGCAUUGAUAUGACUAUCUCACCUAUUGAGGAGUCUUAUGCUCUACUCCACAAGUAUGAGCUCAUCUUCUCUGAUGGCAAUGCAGAGAAAGUGGACAGUCUGUCCUACAACUGGAAGAACCUCACCGCACAGUUCAUCAAAGUAGCUGAUCACCUAGUGACUAUCCAGCCAGACUUCAAGGGUGACCUGCUGAGUGGUGUGACCGCUUUCCAGGAGAAUGCUACUGCCUUUGUAGACGAGUACAGUGAGAAGGGUCCCAUGGUUCAAGGUAUUGCACCCAGAGAGGCGAGUGAUCGUCUCCAGCUCUUCCAAGCCCGGUUUGAUGAACUCUGGGGUAAAUACCUGACCUACUCUGGAGGUGAGGAGCUCUUUGGUCUGCCUGUCACUGAGUAUCCUGAUCUACAGCGCAUCAAGAAGGAGUUCAACCUGCUGCAGAAGCUCUAUGGUCUCUACAAUAAUGUGAUUGAGAAGGUCAAUGGAUACUAUGAUAUCCCCUGGGUGGAUGUCGACAUUGAGAAGAUCAAUGGAGAGCUGCAAGACUUCCAAAACAAAUGCCGAAAGUUGCCCAAGGCUCUCAAGGAAUGGCAGGCCUUCAUGGACCUGAAGAAGAAGAUUGAUGACUUCAGUGAAUGCUGUCCCCUCCUUGAGAUGAUGGCCAACAAGGCUAUGAUGACACGUCACUGGGACCGCAUCGCUACCCUCACUAGCCAUACCUUUGAUGUGGAUUCUGAUACAUUCCUCCUGCGUAACAUCAUGACUGCACCUCUCCUGCCCAACAAGGAAGAUAUUGAGGAUAUCUGUAUCUCUGCUGUGAAGGAGAAGGAUAUUGAAGCCAAGCUAAAGCAGGUGGUGGCUGAGUGGAGUGUACAGGACUUCCAGUUUGGUAGCUUCAAGACCCGUGGUGAGCUGAUGCUGAAGGGUGAUACUACAGGAGAAAUCAUCUCCAUGAUGGAAGACAGUCUCAUGGUACUCGCUUCUCUAAUGAGCAACAGGUACAAUGCCCCAUUCAAGCCUGAAAUCCAGAAGUGGGUCCAGCGUCUGUCCAACACCACUGAGAUCAUUGAGAACUGGAUGCAAGUGCAGAACCUCUGGGUCUAUCUGGAAGCUGUCUUUGUGGGUGGUGACAUCGCUAAGCAGCUGCCACAGGAAGCCAAGAGGUUCAGUAACAUUGACAAGUCUUGGGUGAAGAUCAUGCAGCGGGCCCAUGAGGACACCAAUGUAGUCCAGUGCUGCGUGGGUGAUGACACCCUCUCACAGCUCCUACCCCAUCUCCUAGAACAGUUGGAGAUCUGUCAGAAGUCACUGACUGGUUACCUGGAGAAGAAGCGUCUGGUCUUCCCUCGAUUCUUCUUCGUCUCUGAUCCUGCCCUGUUGGAGAUCCUUGGACAGGCUUCAGACUCACAUACCAUCCAGGCUCAUCUUGAAGGUCUGUUUGACAAUGUGAAGACAGUGGACUUCCAUGAGAAGAACUACGAUCAGAUCCUCGCCAUCAGCUCUAGGGAGAAGGAGAAGAUUGAACUGGUCAAACCAGUCAAUGCUCAGGGUAAUGUUGAGAUGUGGCUAGGAGAACUGUUGAACAAUGUGAAGAAGUCUAUUCACACUAUCAUCAGGACGUCGUACAUCGGUCUCCAGGACAAGGAGAACUUUAACCUGAUUGAGUUUGAGAACACGUAUGCAGCGCAGAUCGGUCUGCUUGGUAUCCAGAUGAUCUGGACUAGGGACAGUGAGGAAGCUCUCAAGAAUGCUCGCUCUGAUCGCAAGAUCAUGGCAACCACCAACCAGUACUUCAUUGACAUGCUGAACAUGCUGAUUGAUAUGACCACUCAAGAACUCACCAAGUAUGAAAGAACCAAGUUUGAGACUCUCGUCACCAUCCACGUCCAUCAGAGGGAUAUCUUUGAUGACCUGGUACGCAUGCACAUCAAGUCCGUCAAUGACUUUGAGUGGCUGAAGCAGUCUCGUUUCUACUUCAACGAAGACACAGAUGCUUGUAUCAUCUCCAUCACUGAUGUGGACUUCUCUUACAUGAAUGAACCUGUGGGAUGCACAGACAGACUUGUGAUCACUCCACUUACUGACAGAUGUUACAUCACUCUAGCCCAGGCCUUGGGUAUGAGUAUGGGUGGUGCCCCAGCCGGCCCUGCUGGUACGGGCAAGACUGAAACAACCAAAGACAUGGGAAAGGCCUUGGGCAAGUAUGUGGUGGUCUUCAACUGUUCUGAUCAGAUGGACUUCAGAGGACUUGGCAGAAUCUACAAAGGUCUGGCUCAGUCUGGUUCCUGGGGUUGCUUCGAUGAGUUCAAUCGUAUUGAGUUACCUGUACUCUCUGUGGCUGCUCAGCAGAUCUACAUUGUACUCUGCUGUAAGAAGGAACGCAAGAAUAACUUUGUCUUCACUGAUGGUGAUAUCGUUGACAUGGACCCUGAGUUUGGUAUCUUCUUGACCAUGAACCCUGGAUAUGCUGGACGUCAGGAGCUGCCCGAGAACUUGAAGAUCCAGUUCAGGACCGUAGCCAUGAUGGUACCUGACCGUCAGAUCAUCAUGAGGGUCAAGCUGGCUGCCUGUGGUUUCCAGGGUAACGUCAUCCUGGCUCGCAAGUUCUACACACUCUACAAGCUGUGCGAGGAACAGCUUACAAAGCAGGUUCAUUAUGACUUUGGUCUACGUAACAUCCUAUCUGUGCUGCGUACACUGGGAGCCUUCAAGAGAUCCAACCCAGGAGACAGUGAGAACAUGAUCGUGAUGAGGGUUCUCAGAGACAUGAACCUCUCCAAACUGGUGGAUGAGGAUGAGCCUUUGUUCUUAUCUCUCAUUGAUGACUUGUUCCCUGGUAUGACUCUAGACAAGGCUGGGUACCCAGAAAUUGAGGCUGCCAUAGAGAAACAGAUCCGUGAAGCUGGCUUAGUGCAUCAUCCUCCAUGGACCUUGAAGCUCAUUCAGCUGUAUGAGACUCAAAACGUUCGUCACGGCAUGAUGACACUGGGACCUAGCGGUGCAGGUAAGACCAAGUGUAUCAACACCCUAAUGAAAGCAAUGGGUGAGUGUAAGGCCCCACAUAGGGAGAUGAGGAUGAAUCCUAAGGCUAUCACUGCACCUCAGAUGUUUGGAAGGCUGGAUGUAGCUACCAAUGACUGGACUGAUGGUAUCUUCUCUACACUCUGGAGGAAGACUCUCAAAGCUAAGAAGGGAGAGCACAUCUGGAUUGUACUUGAUGGACCAGUGGAUGCCAUCUGGAUUGAGAACCUCAACAGUGUUCUGGAUGACAACAAGACCCUCACCCUGGCCAACGGUGAUCGUAUCCAGAUGUCACCGAACUGUAAGGUCAUCUUUGAGCCUCACAACAUUGACAAUGCCUCUCCUGCCACAGUGUCUAGGAAUGGUAUGGUCUACAUGAGUUCAUCUAUCAUGGAUUGGCUGCCUAUCCUACAGGGUUGGUUGUUCACCAGACCAGCCACCCAGCAAGAACUACUGAUGGCUCUCUUUGAGUCUACCUACAAGGACCUGUACCUCUAUGUCAUUCAGAGUCUUAUCCCCAAGAUGGAGGUGCUUGAAUGUAUGUACGUGAGGCAGACGAUUGAUCUGCUGUCUGGUCUGAUCCCUGGAGAGGAUUCUAACCCAUCUAGAGAGCAUCUUGAGAGACUCUAUAUCUUCUGUCUUAUGUGGUCUCUAGGAGCUCUCCUCGAGCUGGAUGAUAGGAAGAAGAUGGAAGCCUGGUUAGUUGAGAGAGGCGGUCUUCUGCUACCUACUACUAGUGCUGGUCAAACCAUCUUUGAGUUUGUGGUCAGAGAUGAUGGUCAGUGGGAGCAUUGGUCAGAUAGGGUACCAGAGUACAUCUAUCCUACCGAUUCCACACCAGAGUAUUCCUCCAUCUUGGUUCCUAAUGUAGACAAUGUUUGCACAGACUACCUGAUACAUACCAUCGCCAAGCAGGACAAGGCAGUGCUUCUUAUCGGUGAGCAGGGUACAGCUAAGACUGUGGUCAUCAAGGGAUACUCCAGCAAGUAUGAUCCUGAACACCAUCUCUUCAAGAGUCUCAACUUCUCCUCUGCCACCACACCUAACAUGUUCCAGCGUACCGUUGAGAGCUACGUAGACAAGCGUGUGGGUACGACCUAUGGACCUCCUGCUGGCAAGAAGAUGACCGUCUUCAUUGAUGAUUUGAACAUGCCUGUCAUCAACGAAUGGGGAGAUCAGAUCACCAAUGAGAUCGUUCGUCAGUUGAUGGGAACCCGAGGUUUCUACAGUCUUGAUAAGCCUGGUGAGUUCACCAGUAUUGUUGACAUCCAGUUCUUAGCAGCCAUGAUCCAACCAGGAGGAGGGCGUAACGACAUCCCUCAACGUCUCAAGAGACAGUACAACGUCUUCAACUGCACGCUGCCCUCCAACAACUCCAUUGAUAAGAUCUUCAGUACUGUAGGAACAGGACACUACUGCAAGGAGCGUGAGUUUAUUGAUGAGGUUUGUCAGCUAGCGUCCAGCCUAGUCUCCUGCACCAGGAAGCUCUGGCAGAGGACUAAGAUCAAGAUGUUGCCUACCCCAGCAAAGUUCCAUUACAUCUUCAAUCUUCGGGAUCUCAGUAGGAUCUGGGAGGGAAUGUUGAACAGUGAUGCUGCAGUGGUCAGCAGUCCUGCUAUCCUACUUGGUCUGUGGAAGCAUGAAUGCACACGUGUGAUCGCUGAUAGAUUCGUCAGCCAAGACGAUAAGGACUGGUUUGAGAAGACUAUCAAACAUACGAUUGAAGAAGAUCUAGGAACCUCCUUCGCAGAACAGCUGCCUAAGGAACCGUUGUUUGUUGACUUCAUGCGUGAUGCUCCAGAAAUCACAGGUGAAGAGCCCGAUGAUGCGGACCUGGACGCUCCUAAGAUCUAUGAACCAAUCCCAAACCUGGAAGCCUUGGCUGCCAGACUUACAACCUUCCAAGAACUCUACAAUGAGAAUGUCCGAGGUGCUAAGAUGGACUUGGUAUUCUUCAAGGAUGCUAUGUGCCAUCUCCUGAAGAUCUCUCGUGUGAUCAGGACUAAGAGAGGUAAUGCUCUCUUGGUUGGUGUGGGUGGUUCUGGUAAACAGAGCUUGACAAAGCUAGCUUCUUACAUCGCAGGAUAUAAGAGCUUCCAGAUCACUCUUAGCAGGUCAUACAACGUGUCUAACCUUAUGGAAGAUCUGAAGUACCUGUACCGUGUAGCAGGACAGCAGGGGCAGGGCAUCACAUUCAUCUUCACUGAUAAUGAGAUUAAGGAUGAAGCGUUCUUAGAAUACAUGAACAACGUCAUCGCAUCAGGAGAGGUGUCCAAUCUCUUUGCUCGUGAUGAGAUUGAUGAGAUCACUGGUGAACUCAUCUCUGCCAUGAAGAAGGAGUAUCCCAGACGUCCACCGACCAAUGAGAACCUCUAUGAUUACUUCCUGAUGCGUGUGAGAAACAACCUUCACGUCGUCCUUUGUUUCUCUCCGGUUGGUGAAAAGUUCCGCAACCGCUCGUUGAAGUUCCCUGGUUUGUUCUCUGGCUGUACCAUGGACUGGUUCAGUCAAUGGCCCAAGGAUGCUCUGAUUGCUGUGGCUCAGCAUUUCCUUUCCGUCUUCCCUAUUGCUUGCACAGACACAGUCAAGAAGAGCGUUGUCAACACCAUGGGUGUCUUCCAGGAUCUGGUGGCUGAGACGUGCGGCGAAUACUUCCAACGUUUCCGUCGCCAGACUCACGUGACGCCCAAGUCCUACUUGUCUUUCAUCGAUGGCUACAAGAAGAUUUAUUCCGAGAAGAAAGCUGACAUUGGGCUGCUAGCUGACAGAAUGAAGACUGGUUUGAAUAAGCUUGUGGAAGCCACGACAUCUGUCAAUGAACUCAGCAAGGAGCUUGCAGUGAAGGAGAAAGAGCUGGCCAUAGCCUCUAAGAAGGCCGAUACUGUGCUGGCCGAGGUGACCGUAAGUGCUACGGCCGCUGAGAAGGUCAAGGCUCAAGUUCAGAAGGUCAAAGACAAAGCCCAGGCUAUUGUGGAUGAAAUCAAUGUUGACAAGGGGGCAGCAAUGAUUAAGCUAGAUGCUGCUAAGCCAGCCUUGGCCCAAGCUGAAGCAUCACUCAACACCAUCAAAGCAGCUCACAUCUCCACCGUGCGUAAGCUGGCUAAGCCACCUCAUCUUAUCAUGCGUAUCAUGGACUGUGUCUUGCUCCUCUUCCAACGUCGUCUUGAUGGCAUCUCUCUAGAUCCUGAGAGACCUUGUCCUAAACCAUCUUGGGGUGACGCCUUGCGUCUCAUGGGAAGCAGCAGCUUCAUGCAGACCCUGAUGAACUUCCCGAAGGACACCAUUAACGAGGAGACGGUAGAGCUCAUGCAACCCUACCUAAGGAUGGAAGAUUACAACCUGGAGUCAGCCAAGCGUGUCUGUGGUGACGUAGCUGGUCUCGCCUCCUGGACUGAAGCUAUGGCUUUCUUCUAUGGCAUCAACAAGGAGGUUCUGCCACUCAAGGCUAACUUGGUUGUCCAGGAAGCAAGGUUGACCAAAGCUAAUGCAUCACUGGCUGAAGCUCAAGCACAGCUAGAUGAGAAACAGAGAGAGUUGGACUUUGUACAGGCCAAGUUUGAUGCUGCCAUGUCGGAGAAACAGGCUCUGUUGGAUGAUGCAGAGAGCUGUCGUCGUAAGAUGAACAAUGCCACUGCUUUGAUCAGUGGUCUGGGAGGGGAGAAGGUUCGUUGGACGGAAGCCAGCAAGAGAUUUGAAGAUCAGAUCAACAGGUUGGUAGGUGAUGUAUUGCUUGGUACUGGUUUCCUGUCCUACUCUGGGCCAUUCAACCAGGAGUUCAGAAACCUUCUCAUCAGGAACUGGAAGAGAGAGAUGGCAUCCAAUAAGAUCCCAUACAGUGAUGAGCUGAAUCUGACGUCUCUGUUGGUUGAUUCUACUACCAUUGGAGAAUGGAACCUUCAAGGUCUCCCCAAUGAUGAGCUCUCUAUCCAGAACGGUAUCAUUGUCACCAAGGCAUCCAGAUUCCCACUGCUUAUUGACCCUCAGGGUCAGGGCAAGACAUGGAUCAAGGAGAAAGAGAAGAGCAAUGAACUUCAGGUGACAUCUCUGAACCACAAGUACUUCCGAACUCAUCUUGAGGAUGCUCUGUCCCUUGGUCGGCCUCUCCUCAUUGAGGAUGUAGCUGAGGAGCUGGAUCCAGCCUUGGACAAUGUCCUUGAGAAGAACUUCAUCAAGUCAGGCUCCACUUUCAAGGUGAAAGUAGGAGACAAGGAGUGUGAUGUAGAUGGUAAGUUCAUCAUGUACGUCACCACCAAGCUGGCUAACCCAGCCUAUACCCCUGAGAUCAGUGCAAGGACGUCUAUCAUUGAUUUCACCGUCACCAUGAAAGGCCUGGAAGAUCAGCUGCUGGGUAUCGUCAUCCUCACUGAGAAACAGGAGCUUGAAGCUGAGCGCACCAAGCUGAUGGAGGAGGUGACAGCUAACAAACGUAAGAUGCAGGAGCUUGAGGAUAACCUUCUCUACCGUCUGACCAGUACAGAGGGCUCCCUGGUAGAGGAUGAGAGUCUGAUUGAGGUGCUGAGGGUGACUAAGAUCACUGCUGAGGAGGUCAGUGAGAAACUCACCAUUGCAGCUGAGACGGAGGUCCGUAUCAACACUGCUCGGGAGGAGUUCAGACCUGUUGCAACCCGUGGUAGUACCCUAUACUUCUUGAUCACUGAGAUGAGUAUGGUGAAUGUCAUGUACCAGACCUCUCUCAAACAAUUCCUUGGAAUCUUUGAUCUCUCAAUGGCAAAGUCCCAGAAGAGUCCUAUAACGGCCAAGCGUAUUGCUAACAUCAUUGAGUUCAUGACGUAUGAGGUGUUCAAGUACACAGCCCGUGGUCUGUAUGAGAAUCACAAGUUCCUCUUCACGCUGCUGCUGACCCUCAAGAUUGACAUGCAGCUUGGCAAGGUCAAACACGAUGAGUUCCAGACAUUCAUCAAGGGUGGAGCUGCCUUGGACCUCAAUGCCGUUGAAGCCAAGCCCAAGAAAUGGAUCCUUGACACUACCUGGCUCAAUCUGGUCCAACUGAGCAAGCUUCCUCAGUUCACCCAGCUGUUAGGACAGAUCGGGCGCAACGACAAGGCCUGGAAGAACUGGUUUGAUGAAGAUGCUCCCGAGGAAUCCACCAUCCCUGAUGGUUACUCCACAUCUCUUGAUGUGUAUAGGAAGCUGCUCCUGGUUAGGUCCUGGUGUCCAGACAGAGCUAUCCCUCAGGCUAGGAAGUACAUCGCUGAUGCCAUCGGUGUCAGGUUUGCCGAGGGUGUUAUCUUGAAUCUUGAGACCAUGUGGGAGGAGAGUGAGAAGAAGGCACCUCUUAUCUGCUUCCUAUCCAUGGGAUCUGAUCCUACAGCCUCCAUUGAAUCCCUCGCUAAGAAGAUGAACCUUCGUUGUCGUGCUAUCAGCAUGGGUCAAGGUCAAGAGGUCCAUGCUAGACGUCUCCUGAGCUCCUUCCAGAGUGAGGGUGGCUGGGUGCUGCUGCAGAACUGCCAUCUUGGUCUAGGCUUCAUGGAUGAACUUCUGGAAACGGUGACUUCGCCUGAUCCAUGUCACGAUAGCUUCCGUCUGUGGAUCACUACUGAGGUUCAUCCCCAGUUCCCUAUCAACCUUCUUCAGUCUGGUAUCAAGUUCACCAAUGAACCACCUCAAGGUAUCAAGGCUGGUCUCAAGAGAACCUAUGCUGGUGUCAGUCAGGAGCAACUGGAGAUCUCUAACCUACCCCAAUGGAAGCCAGUGCUGUAUGGUGUAGCCUUCCUGCACACCACGGUGCAAGAGAGGCGUAAGUUUGGUCCUCUUGGCUGGAACAUCCCCUAUGAGUUCAACCAAGCAGACUUUACAGCCAGCGUUCAGUUUGUCAACAACCAUCUGGAUGACCUGGACCCCAAGAAGGGCGUCUCCUGGAAUACUAUCCGCUACAUGUUUGGUGAGGUGCAGUAUGGUGGCCGUGUGACUGAUGAUUACGACAAGCGUCUUCUCAAUACCUACUGCAAAGUAUGGUUCUCUGAAGAUAUGUUCAGUGACAAGUUCAAGUUCUAUACUGGCUACACCAUCCCCAAGUGCCGUACAGUAGAGGAAUACCGCACUGCUAUUGAAAGUCUACCGCUGACUGAUUCACCAGAGGCCUUUGGUCUUCAUCCUAAUGCUGAUAUCACAUUCUCUACCAACAUGGCGACCGAGGUGUUGGAGACCAUUCUGAACAUCCAACCGAAGGACAGUGGCGGCGGUGGAGGAGAGACACGUGAGGCUACUGUCUACAAGAUCUGUGAUGAUAUGUUAUCCAAGAUACCAGAUGACUUCAUUGCCCAUGAGGUCAAAGCUCGUCUUCAGAAGAUGGGUCACCUACAACCCCUGAACAUCUUCCUGCGUCAGGAGAUAGAUCGUAUGCAGCGUGUCAUCUUGACAGUCCGUAUUACCCUGCAGGAUCUCAAGCUAGCUAUCGAUGGUACUAUCAUCAUGAGUGAGAACCUGAGGGAUGCUCUGGAUAACAUGUUUGAUGCUAGGGUACCUGGAUCCUGGAAGAAGAUCUCGUGGGAUUCUAUGACUCUAGGUUUCUGGUUCACUGAGUUGAUUGAUCGUCAUGCUCAGUUCCAUGCCUGGGCGUUUGAAGGACGUCCUAAUGUCUUCUGGAUGACUGGAUUCUUCAACCCACAGGGCUUCUUGACUGCUAUGAGACAGGAGAUCACUCGUGCUCAUAAGGGUUGGGCUCUGGAUAGUGUGGUGCUACACAAUGAUAUGACCAGGUAUAUCAAGGAAGAUAUAGCAUCUCCACCAUCUGAAGGUGUAUACGUCCAUGGCCUGUUCCUGGACGGUGCAGGAUGGGACAGACGUAACUGCAAGCUGAUAGAGCCCCCUCCCAAGGUCCUCUUCACCCCCCUCCCAGUCUGCCACGUCUACGCUAUCAACACUCUCGGGGGUAAAGACCCCAGGCUCUAUGAAUGCCCCGUCUACAAGAAACCCAGACGUACCGACCUGACGUACAUCUUCCCUCUCUACCUGAAGACCGUACAGCACCCUGAUCAUUGGAUCCUGAGGGGUGUGGCUCUGUUAUGUGAUACCAAGUAGACAGGGGUCAAAGGUCAAGAUCAGAUUGAUGUAUAAAGCUUUUUAAUGUGCUGUGCAUAUUAUUUUAAUGCAAUGCCGUUAUGAAUAUUUGAAGUACAUACUAUUUACUUAUCGUCUUGAAAUAUU